GUGAGAGGUCUGAAGCUACACUAUCACUCAAAGGCCCGCACCCACGUGAUGGGCUGAAGUAUAAUUUCGUAGAUUUGUUCGAAGUGCGGUUGCGAAAUGAGAGAUACGAGUUACGUCAGCAUGAGCGAGGCUGAGGCAGAGAGGAUGGAGAGUACUGCGGAAGGAAAACGAAGUGUAGUUUUACAUUUGUCCAAUCACGGUAGAUGUAGGUCUUUAUCUUGGUCGAUUUCAGCUUCGAUUGCGUGAGAGAUGAUACCUGAGCGAGCAGUUAGUUGCAAAGUGGCAAGUUUGAGUUACCCUCGUUGGAAAAGAAAAACGUAUAUUAUAAAGGCUUCGAUGAAUCUAACAGAAGACUAGCUCGUGAUACAACUAGUCAGCAGUUCGUAGUCCUCUGCAGUGACGAAACAGGUGAAUAUAGCAACAGGAUACACUCAAACGGUCAGUUUACGACAUAUAAGAUUUGUGAUGCGUACUUAUGAUCGAGCAUCCUUCUAGUAGUCCUGCUAGGGUACUCUAGUUGGCUCGUGAUUAAGGAUUUCAAGCUGCGUUUCUUCAUCCGUGGAAGUGCUGGUCUUCUUUAAGCUGCAGAAACAGAUUGAAGCGCAUAAGAGCAUUCCUUAGUCACAGAACAAAUCUUGUUGAUGUGUAAGAACUUGUUGCCGUGCUGGUGCUAUGUCAUCUUGCUCGACCCCACAAGUGUACUUAUAAUCUUCAUGUAAGUUGCGAGUUUUGAAAGCUGCGUAGUACUGCAAUUAGUCUCUCACGACCGCCAGGAACCAACACCAGUUGGUACAUUUUAAGCUAAAAGUCCUUUUAAGAAACCUCGCCCAAAAUGGUGAAGACCAGCGCCGGGGCGGGGAAGUGGAAGGGCCGGAUAUGAAGUGCAAAAAUGUCUGGGUCUGGAAGAUUGCGAGACUUGUCAUGCUAAUCGGGCAUGACUCUGAACUCUGUACGGCGUGGCCGCAAAGAGCUCCUCCUCCCUGUGUUGCAAAAACGCAGUUUCUCAUGCGGAAUACGCAACUCAGAACCAUGAAAAAAACUUGUCAUGCUUGGCAGCGCAUUACAGUGAGCUCACUAUUCUCUUGCUUGCAUCACAAGUUUCCAGACCCAGACAUUUUUACAAUCCAUACCGGAAGGUCAUGAACGAAGAGGAGCAGGCCGAGAAAAUGGCAAAGAAGGAGCAGGUAUCAAAUGUAAUAAUGUCUGGGUCUGGAAGUUUGUCAUGCUUGUCUGGCAUGAGUCUUAAAUCUGUGAUGCAUGAGCAGGAAAAGGGCCUCGUGCAAAGACGCAGCUUGUCAUGCGAAAAACGAAACACAGCAGCGCAAAAACUCGUCAUGCUGGGCUGCAUAUUGCAGUGCGCCCACAAUUCCUAGAUUUGCAUCACAAGAUUUCAGACCCAGACAUAUUUGCAACGCAUAGCAGGAGCGCCUCCAGCGCCGCCUCGCGGACGAAGCCGAGAAAGCGAGGAAGCUCCGAUAUUGAAAGGAAAAAUCCCCCCUCCCCAUAUCGAAAACGAAAGUUGUGAUGCUGUGUUUGCGUACACAAAUCGCCUUGUAUUGCUAGAAGGCCAAGAGACGCCGUUGUGGCCUCGUUGGCACGCAAUUUGCCAUGCUGUUUCCCGCUUCCAGCUGCCUCCUGUCAUGCUGAAGAUGCAUAGCUUCCUCAACACGCCACCCAGCACGACAGCCCGCAUCUUCUCCCUUCUAGCAUGACAAAAUGAUUUGUGCACACAAAUCCCGCAUCACAAACUUCCAUUUUGAUAUGGGGUGGGGGGUUUUUUUCACUUUGAUGUCCGAGCACUGCGCGCGAAGCAGCGAAUAUCCAAGAAAAAAACAUUGUAGGUGUAACUUUUUUGGAGGAACAGCAUUACAAGUUUGUCCUGCAUGACAGCAAAAACCUGUCAUGCGCAAAUAGUACGUGAAAACGCCCUUAAUGGACCCUGCGACGCAUGCCAAGCAUGACAGACGCAAUCACUUUGCAUAUUGCGCAUCACAAACUUACACUAACAACGUUUUUUUCUUGGAUAGCGAAAAGCACGAGCCGCGGAGAAGGAGUUUAAGGAGAGAGUCGGGAAGCUAGGUAUGAAUACUGAUGUUGAUCUUUUUGUUCUUUCCCUUGAAGAUGAGUGCCUUGGAGAUUUCGGUUUUGUCAUGCAAGAACAUCCCUAAAGCCAAACCCAGCUCGAGCUCGCUGAUGAAUGUUGAAAGUAGUGUAAGAACUGACGUCUGACUUUUCCUUUCUCAUGCGCAAGACUGGCAAACUGUAAAAGUGAAGAAAAAGAGGUGUUUUCCGCGCUCUAAUGUCGGGGGUGGCGAGUAUGCAACUCCGGCUGUCCUUCAUAUCCCAUGGAAAAAUAAGUGUUUACAGCAAAUUGUGUAUAAUGUAAAAACUUCAGCAACACAAAUUUACAACUUCCUUGUAAUGCACAGAUCAUCAUAAGUGAAAUUACAAACACGUAUGAUGCGAGGCUCGACAGCAUAAUUUCGUGCAUGAAAAAUGGGUAGCUGCAAGCGCAAAGGGUAGCUGUUGUAACGCUUCUUUCUUUGCAUACUUUUCGAACUGGGUGUAUUACGUGGAACUGCUAAAAGACGAGCGAAUGGAGCGCUACCGAAGGCAACGAUGGCAGCUUGCCUGUGGGGAGGAGCAUCAGAAGGUGCUGGAGAAAAGGCAGCAACACUUACUGCAAUUGCAGCAACAGCAGGUCAGGGACGGUGCGAUGUCGAGCACCAUGCUGCAGAAGUUAAAGUAUUCUACCCAUAAAAGUUUUUUGAUUUUCUGCUGUUUGUCAUGCAAGAUUUCCGGAAAAAAAUCCGUUUGUCAUGCAUGGAAUCCACGAAGAAAAACUAAAACAAACUGAAAAAGGUACCACGUCGAGGGCGACGAGGCCUGCGGGUUGGAUCUUCAGUUGAAAUCCACACACCUACCCCAACUCCUACGAAUAGAAAAAAGUGUUACAGUUACAGCACACUGUGAUGCUGGAAAACUAGCAAGACAGGCUGCAACCUCUGUCAUGCCGGAAAGGCUUGCGAGCCUCGUUUCUUCAUACGUGUUUAUAAUUUCCCUUAGGAUCAUUUCUGCAUUGCAAGUUUGUGUUGCUGAAGUUAUUUACAAUACAAAUGUGUAACUGAAAGAACACUUUUUUCUUGGGAUAACUCCUGCCCAGAGCCUACAAGGAUCCCUCCCUGCCGACGCGAAGACAAGCCCUUGUCGACCAACUCCCCGGGCAUCCGAGCAACAUGCAAACGAGUACGACUCUCGCCGCGAUCGGCGGAGGGGACGGGGGGUCCAGCAAGAAGAAGACGGACACGACAGAUUCCAUGACGUUGACGCAGUCGUCCUUCACCCACAGUUCCACCGAUAAAACGCACGGCUAUCCUGUGUAAAACCGUCCCCACCCAAGAGUCAAGAUGGGGACUUUGCAUCACAAACGUAUAGGUUUUGGUAAUCACGCACGACAAGUUGAUGAAGCCUUUAGCUUACUAGUGCAGGUUAAUGAGCACAGCCGCAUCACAAAUGCAAAUCCAUCUGCUUAUCCUGGUUACGGCAUCACAAAUAUGCGAAACACGACUGGAAAAAAUGCUUAUCAUGUUGGGGAUGCGCAUCACAAAUGUUCCUGUCGUUGCAAAUCUGCAUGACAGCUUUCGGGUGGGGAUGUUUUUGCUCAGGAUAAUGGCACCUCCAUGCAGAGCUUCAAAUCCGGCACUGGGGCGGGGAGUGCAAACGAUGAAGAUCCGAACUUACCCGAGGCGCAGAGGAAACAGGGUAUUUAGACUUUUGUUGAAAUACAGGUCUUUGUCAUGCUGAAUUUCCUAUACGGGAAGUUCUUGUCAUGCAGAAUUUACAUCCAGGAUGUUCUUGUCAUGCAGAAUUUACAUCACCACCUACCACACGACGAUCCUUAGGUAUGAAGAACCAGCCCGGCGGCUCCUCCUCGACCUCUGGCUCCAAGCACACCACGCAAAACGACUUCAACAUAUGCAAUGCAAAAGCAUUGCACUCCUAGUACAAAUUGCAUUACAAAUUUGUUCAGCAUGACAAAUGCAAUUUGUCAUGCUGUUCUACCUUAGGAAGAAGAUUUGUCAUGCAUAUUUGCAAUCAGUACGAUUGCGAUACUUUUGCACAGGAUAUCACAAGACAGGCGACAUCUCCAUUGGCGAAAACUCGAACUCGAGCAACACGCAGGGCAACAGGUCGAUGCACACGACGGGAUCAUCCGCUUUCAACACGGUGGUUGGCGCGGGCACGAAGUCCAUCGAGUUGCAGUUACAGAAAGAGAGGACCGAACUCCAGGUGCCGUUACACCAGCUAUGAAUUGCAAAAAGUAUCCUGCUCGUCCUCGUAGUGAUUGCAGUUAUGCAUAUACUUACAAAUCUACGUUGUUAAACUGAAUCCGCAUGACAAAUUGUUCCAUAUGUCAUGUUGAGCUAAUUUGUAUUGCAAUACUACGAGUACGAUACUUUUGCAAAGCAUACCAGCAGUACGGCUACGAUCCGAACAUCAUGAAGUUCAAGGGAAAGGGGUUGCACUACCGCACGGGACGGCCGGUGUUCUUCGACGAGAAGUAUUCGCUUUUCAAGUUCGUCUACCCCCACGUAAACAAGCGGUUCUUCGACUACGGCGACAAAAUCCGGUCGGGGGCGCUAGAGUAUUCCUACGAACCGCGCGGGCACGUGAUGGUGAAGUGAGGAGGGAUAUGAAUUCGUCUUUGCGAUCAUGCCAUUCCCAACUGACCGCUUUUGUAUACUACUUCACCACGUGGACGUGAACAAGCAGGCUCAGUGCACUAUACGUACGCAUUGUACUUUAACUUUUCUCUACUACCCUUCUUGCUGUGGCAGACAGACUGCGAAAAUAAACUUCUUCAUGUACAGUUCCUUGCAGCAGUCCGUCGCGCUGGAAGGUGGUCUCCCCGACUUAAGUACGACUCAGAGCUUUUUCCACAAAAUGUAGUAAAUGUCUAAAAAUGUCAACCGAUUCCGAUUCUAAAACUAAAAGGUCACUGUCAACAUCUCACUCAAAUUUCCGAAAAUGUCAACAAUAAGAUAAGGGAUUUCAUCUGAUUCUGUAUUGCGGCACGGCCCGGGGCGAAGUCGUGCUGCAUUACACAGAGAAAAAAAUCUCCGAAUUAUGCGUAAAUCCAGUGUAGUUUUUCCGAAAAUGUCAACAAUGUUUCAUCGCCGAGUAGCCUAUUCUGGUGUCGCUUUGAAGCGUCGCAGGGGCUCCGAUUAGAAGUACUCCGCUUUACAAUUUUUUGUCAAAAAUGCAAGAAACAAGGCAAAAUCAUGCCGAUAUUCUAUCUCCGAAAAAUGUCCGUUAGUUUGUUGAAAAACUUCUAGUGCAAGAACUUUUGAACUUUUCUCACUUGUAUGAAUUCGGAUCUCUUGCUCUUGUGCGAGCAAGCUCUAAAUGCAAUUUGCCUGUAGAAUUUUGCUGCAAAUGUAUUUUCAAUAAAGACGAAAA